GCAUCACUAUGCGAUCCUUGGAAAUGUUGUAUUAUAUUUUGGAAUGGCCAUCUCAACUCUACUUUUCUGGCCACUGCCAAUGCUACAUGGCCGCAAACCGUACACUCUGGUGGCCUUGGCCUUGGUUCUGCCACUGCAAUUUCCUCAGGGGCUAGCUGUGAGCUCAAUGCGCUCGCCAAAUACACCCACUUACCGUGUUGGGAUUUUGCUUCCCAGAGCCGCCACUGGCAUUGCGCUGGGAUUUCUGAACAUCAAUCUGAAAGCUACGCUGCUUGACCUCUUUGGCGCCUCAUUGCAGAGUACAAGUCCUCAUCAGGAGCUUGUGGAUGAGAACGAUGUUAGGCGCCAUGGCGGAGGCAUGGGCGUGUGGCUGGGAAUUUGGUCGUGGUGUUUCAGCUGUUCAAUUGGCGUUGGCUUUUUGAUUGGUGCCUUUGUCAUUAAUAAGCUCGAGCCAACAUGGGGAUUUUGGAUUGUUGUAAUUCUGACGGCGGCAGUCUUGCUUCUCAACGUGCUGAUUCCUGAAGCACGUCGCAAGGCCUAUCGUCGGUCAGCUCUGGGAGAAAGAAGCGCCUCAGACAUUGCUCGAAGAAACGCCAAAGGCGAGGUUACGUUGCAUUUGAAGUAUACUGCUCCCUUGUGGUGGGGCGAAGAGGUGGUCUCUGGAAUGGUGUUGUGUAAGAGAAUGAUACAGCAGCCCGGGUUCAUAGUGCUCUCCCUCUACUUGGGAUGGAUUUAUGGCCAAAUUGUGAUGGUAGUCGUGCUUUUAGGAGCACUCACAUCCCGGUAUUACCGCUUCCGUCCGCCAUAUGUAGGGCUAUGUGUUGCAGCCUUGCCCAUUGGCGGCUUGAUAGCGGUGCCGUUUCAAAAAGCCUCCUUAUUCAGUCGGUCCCGCAGUCAUCCCCCGAGGACUGAUAGUAUGACGUUUCAAAAGCGUGUCACUUGGACGUCGCACCUGGUGCGAAGGGCAAUUUUCAUGAUUGUACUUCCUUUUGCUGGUCUUGCUUACACGUUGACUUCUACGGGGCCGCCGAUGCACUACAUGGCACCAACUUUUUUUGCAGCAUUGAUCGGAUUUCUCUCCAAUCUUGCCAUCGCCGAGUGCCACGGUUUGAUUAUGGAGACGUACGAUACCUCGGACUUGCAGCCUGGCAUGACAGGUCGGCCGCGCGGAAACAGCGUACCUGAAAGUGUGCGUAAGAAGCGAACAAGUUAUUCAUGUUUUCCACGUGUCAGUGCAGCAAUUGCCAUUUCUCAGACCUGGGGUUUUUUGAUUGCUGCAGCAACGACGGCAAUAGGAGGACGCGUGGAGCGGAAAAUUGGUGCACAAGCUGCUACCGGGUGCGUUGCGGGUGUCUUACUAGGACUGACACUGCUCCUCAUCUCAGUCUUAUGGAGAUUCCGCCAGGUGCAGGUGAUCCCAGAUGCAGUCUUCGGUGGUCGUUCACCGUCUGUCGUAUCAGAAGGUUGGCGACCGGUAGUAAUUGGCAACCCAAGCGGAAAGAUGAGACGAAUGAGCGUACUGGAGCUAGGGAAGCAGAGCCGCUGGACGGAGAUCCGUCGCCGAAACAAGCUCUUUUCCUUUUAGGUUCGCUUUGUUCCUACGCAAAUCGCCACUGACGCGAGUGGUUGGCGCGCGCCAAUACGCACAGGUAGGUGGUUGCAACGUAAGUGUGCUACUUAGAAAGACAGUCUUACAGCAAAUGGGACCAUGCGGGGGCCGGUAUUGCAUUGUCUCUCAUGUAUGUUUGAGACACGAAAAGUCACGGCGUCGGCAAAGGUUGAAAACGGAAGUAUUAAACCAUACAGAGUGUUGGAAAUACUUUUCAGCACGAAGGAGACAGAGAUUUAGUUGUGAGCAAUUAUGAUUAUUAUUAUUGUUACGAUUAUUAUUAUUUGGCAAGAUGUCUAAUCGAUGCAUUCGUUGAGCAAAUUUUGAUGUCGAAGUCAUUAUCAGAGUCUGAUCGGGAUUUAGGAAUGAUAGGGAACAAGGCAUCUUAUCCACC